AUGGCAGUCAACAUUCCUGGAGUGAUAGCAAUGGUGUUCUUCUACCUUCUGGUUCUUGGAACUGGCAUCUGGGCUUCUUUCAAGUCUAAAAGGGAACAAAAGAAAACUGCUGCCACAGGAAUGGACAUGGCACUGCUGGGAAACAGGAGGAUAAGUUUGGUAGUGGGAAUCUUCACAAUGACAGGUAUGAGAGUACAGCUGAUAGUACUGGAAUAAAAACUGGGUGAAAGUGAUGAUCAGCACUGUUUUUUUUCCUGGGAAUACCCCUAAAUUAACAUGUUUUGAUCAUUGACAUAUGUUAAAUAUCAAAAUAAGUACCUGUGAACAAAUUGGACAUUAAGCAUUAGAUCUAAAGCAACAAGCAAGAUCCUCCCUGUAACAGCUAAAUGAAACAUAAAUUGCUAAAUGUGUAGAGGAUAGAGUGGAGUGAAAGGAUAGUGAGAGUAAAAUCCAAACAGGGGACUGUGAGGUGAAAUAAAGAGGUCCUGGGAGUGAGGGAAGAGUGUGCAGCAUAAGUGAAAUGGCAAAGAAAAUUUGACAUGCUAAAUGUAUUUGCCUAAUUUGCUUGAACAGCUGUCUAUUGGCCUUGAAGAACAAACAACAAACAAAUAGACAAAACAAAACCUAAAAAUGUUCAUAAAAUCAGUGAGAUCCAUCAUAUUUUAGACAUUUGUUCGCAGAUUUUAAGGUGUUGUGAGGUACAACUAUAUCACUCCUGUGCCAAAGCUGCAACAACCUAUCUAAAGGAAGUCUAUUGGUAAUAUCAAUAAAUGCACAUACUUCAAGUAGUAAGGCUGUCAGUGUGUCUGCUAAGGCUUCACAGUGACCUUAAAUCAGGAACAGCAGAAAAGAUUUGCCGGUAUUUUUGAUGAAUUUGGAAGUCAAACUGUAAAGGUAUACAUUUGUGAUUGGUUUUUUUUGUUUUUUUAAUCGAUCCCGAAGCUACAUGGGUUGGAGGAGGCUUCAUUGUUGGCACUUCUGAGAUGGUCUACACACCCUCUAUGGGUCUAACUUUGGCCCUUGUGAUAUUGAUUGCAUACAGCUCAUCAUUUAUGAUUGGUAAGAGAUUCUACAGAGAUAGAAUGGAUUCACAGAACAGUGGAUUCAUUUUUAACACUGCCUCUCUUCCUUUUGUGUCCUGACCUUGUUUUGAUCAAGCUGGCUUGGUUUUUACCAAGCCAAUGAGAGACAGACACUGUGUGACAAUGCUAGACCCAUUCAAAAUGAAGUAUGGAAAAGUACUGACAGCUGCCCUGAGCCUAUUUUCACUCUUCACUGAUGUUAUCUGGGUGCCUUCAACACUUCUUGGUUUAGGUAUGUAUUUAUACUGUACAUUUUCUGUUUUAUGCCCUAACAACUUCAUGAUGCUUGAUCUGCAGAAUACAGUAAAUGCACUCUCAUCCUAUGUGUUUCACAGGAGCAAUCAUGAAUGUGGUGUUGGAUUUACCCUUUGCUGUUUGCAUCUGGAUCUCUGCAGCUGUUGCUAUCAUCUACACACUGCUGGGAGGUCUCUACUCUGUGGCAUAUACAGAUAUCAUACAACUUGCCCUCAUUUUCUUUGGUCUGGUUAGUAUGUACUAUUUUUGAUUGUGUGGUGUUUUUUGUUGCAAGCAGAACAUUUGUACAAACUAAAAUGUGGAAUGUGGAAUUUCCCUGGCAGUGGAUCUGUGUUCCCUUUGUUUUGAUGAGCCCUUACACCUUGGACAUAAGCCAGACGAUGAUGAACAACACCCUACAUGCUCCCUGGAUUGGAACACCAGCACUGAAAAAGACAUGGAAAAUUAUUGAUGAUUUCUUGUUCUUUGUAAGGACAUAAUCUUCCCCAGAUGCACAUCACUAAACCUGAAACAGAAGUAUGCAUGAGUAAACAAUUUCUCACUGUUACUAAAUAACCAGACAAAAUGUUGGCAGACACUAGUGUAUCAAACUUAAAAAAAAAUGUGUCUGUUUGUGUCAAUGAAAAUUUACCUAUUUGACUUCAGAUAAAAUGUUGGAGGGACCGUUGUAGGCCUAUGUGUGUGAAAGGGUGCUUAAGAACUGAUAGCAUGCAUAUUUUUUGACAGCAUUUACCUUCUGGGGAUGCGACUCUCAUGAAUACAUUUAACAACAAACCGUUUGAUUUUUAAGGCACUGGGGAGUCUGGGAUAUCAGUGCUUCCACCAGAGGACCUUGUCAGCUUCUUCCUUAGCCACAGCCAAAAUCACAUGCAUUGUUGCUGCUUUUGCCUUACUUUUAUUUGGGAUUCCUCCUGUACUAAUUGGGGCAGCUGCUGCAUCUACAGGUAAGUGUUCCAAACAUAUAAAAACCUCAAGAUGCAGAAAAACAGUCAUGCAUUUACACCCUCCGUCGCCUCCCUGGCGGACACGAAAAUAGAGCCCCAUGUUCAGACAUAAUGGUGUCCACUUGUGUACUUGGCACCACGACACCUUGGGCCACAGGUCAAUGAUCAACUUUGUGUUCAUGACGUCAGACUUGUGGCAACAUGUCUAGGACAAUCGGGGGAAGAGAAGGGCAGAGCUGUCAACUGAUCACCACCUGGUGUUGAGUUGGCUCCAAUGAUUGGGAAGGAUGCUGGUCAGACCUGGCAGAUCCAUACAUGUUGUGAGGGUUUGCUGGGAACACCAGUCUCCUGUCAGAAGGAGCUUCAAUUCCCACCUUCAGUAGAGCUUUAACCACGCCACCUGUCAGGGGGGAGAAGGGGGACAUUGAGUCUGAGUGGGCCACAUCCCUUUCCUCAAUUGUUGACAUGGUCAAUCUGGGCUGUGGCUGUAAGGUGGUCGGUGCCUGUUGUGGCAUUGAUACUGAAGCCCAUUGGUGGACGUCUGUGGUGAGGGAGGCCAUCAAGCUGAAAAAGGGUCCUAUCAUGCCUUUUUGGCUUGUGGGACUGUGGAAGCAGCUGACAAGAACCAGCAGGCCAAGCAGAAAGUGGCUUUGGUGGUCAAUGAGGCAAAAACCCAGAUAUGGAAGGAGUCUGGUUAGGCCAUGGAGAAUGACUUCUGGACAGCUUUGAAGAGGCUCUGGACUGCCAGCCGGCAUCUCAGGGGUUGUUGUUGUCAGGUUGUUUGUCUAUAAAAAAGUACACAGGGUAACGUCAGUUGGAUAUCUGAUUUGACCCACUGUAUUAACAGUACACUUUAUUUGCCACCUCAGUGUUAGCAGAAGACAGAUGUAAUUUAUUGUUUUACUUAUCUGAUUCUUUCUGGUUAGAAGAAAACCAGUGCAGCUUGUCAAGGACGAGCAGAGGUGUUUAAUCUUUUUGAUUGGGCAUCCUCUUUUGCACAAUAUAACUGUGGUACAAAUACUGCACUGAGUCGACUGGUCAUUUUUCCUGCUGAAGUUCAGUCAAACUUAAGAUUGCCACCGCAAACUGUCCAUGGUUGCAUUGCCCACACACACUCCCUGUGGCUUCUUCUUUGUUGGUGUUCAACGGCUAUUUCUCCCAGUCAGUGGACUUGGAAUUGAAAUUUAGAAAAAAUUGAAUUGUUCCGGGAGAGUAGGAAUGUUAGACUUGGUUCCCAUCGAUGCUUGAGAUUCAAUGCCCAACCCUAGUUAUGAUGGAGGCAGACUUUACAGCCGAGACAGUGGUUAGUCAAAGAGGAGAUCAAACAUUUUAGUGGAGGGAGAAAGUGGUAUAGAAUGCAUCACCAAUGUCUCCAAGGAAAAAUAUGAAGUAGUCUCUUUGUGUGGUAUUACUGUCUAUAUUGAACUUAAUCUUUAUUCAUAUGGUUCCAACAAAUCUACAGCCUGGAAUGUGUUUUAUAGCCUCUUCUUUGUAUAGUUAUCAUUGGAGUCUACAGGGUUUCCUAAUUUUUAUCACUUUGCAUUUGUGGUUUUCCUUUUCAAUACCUUGAAACAAAUAUUGUGACAGUAUUCAGAGUCUUCCCUCUCCUUCCUUCUGCAUGUCUCAGACUGGAACUUGACUACCUAUGGUUCUCCAACUCCAUAUGAACGUGGGGAGGCAGCUCUUGUUCUUCCCUUCAUCCUGCAGCAUCUCACCCCAGUUUAUAUCUCCAUUGUGGGUAUCGGAUGUGUAGCUGCUGCCGUGAUGUCGUCUGCUGACUCUGCUUUGCUCUCUGCAGCGUCUGUCUUCAGUGUCAACAUUUACCAGAACAUCAUCAGGCCUCAGGUAGAAAACACUCAUGCUUUUAAUUUGUGAGAGUAGGGGGUGCAUUAACUCUUUUCCCAACCAUCCUUAACAAUUUCUUCCCAUUUUUUACAGAAAUAUCAAAGUUGCUUAUUUUUAAAAAUGGAAUUUUAGUUAAUAGUUGAGAAAAUCACUUUUCUUAGAAAAGUAAUUUUUUUUUGUCAAAGCAGAAGAAUGCUUCUCUUGUGUGAUAGCACUUGACUGCAUAAAUAUUAAACUUAUUUCUGUGAAUUGAUGGUCUGCAUCAAAAUGUUUGUGGCCUCUCUGACACAGUGUCACUGCUGAAGGUCUAUGUGUGCGCCAGAUAGACAUGCUUGUGAUAAAACAUAUGUUAAAGGCCUACUGUUCUCGUGCUGCCAUAAAUUAUAGUGGCCUUUGGUAAAUACAGGGGUAUUAUGCUUUUCUUUCAAAUUCUAUACUUCCUUUCAAUUGUAACAAAAAAUCUUCUGAUGCUAACGAGGGCACAUCAUCAGUGAUGUAUCCUCAGGUCACUGGGUGUUUCGGGUCUCAUGAACAUCAGACACCCUAACUCAGACAACCUGCUCUCUUUAUCCAGAGCCACCUCGGUGCUUUGUUGUCGUCUCUGUUCUGAGUGCCGUAAAUCGUUUUGUUCCUGGUCCCAACCAUCAAAGUCAAAAAUGUUUGCACUUCACCUGUUCCUUUCUCUUUUCUUUGUUCUCCAGGCCCCAGAUGGAGAAAUUCAGUGGGUCAUCCGUGCUGCAGUGGUAGUCAUAGGCAUAGUUGGUACAUCACUCACCAGCCUGAAAAACAGCAUUAUACUGUUCUGGUUCCUUGGUGGUGAAUCAUCCUACAUUGUCAUCUUCCCUCAACUUGUCUGUGUCCUCUUCUUCAACAUCUCCAAUGGGUACGGAGCUGUUGUGGGUUUGCUAGCAGGAAUAGUUAUAAGGCUACUUAGUGGAGACCCAUUGUUGGGGAUAGAACCAGUCAUACACUUCCCAGGAUGCACUUUUGAGGAUGGCAUUUACAUCCAAUACGCUCCAAUAAGGACCAUUGCAAUGCUUACUUCAUUUGCCUCCAUCUUGUGUUUCUCCUUCUUGGCGACAGUGCUCUUUAACAAAGGCUGGCUCCCUGAGAAGUGGGAUGUUUUCCAAGUGAAAGCUCAGGCCCCCCUCAAACCACUGACACCAACAGGGGAAGCCACAGAGCACAGUGAAACAGAAAAAUUGAAUACAAACAACUCUCAGAAUGAGGCAUCCGAGCAAAUGACUAGUACAAGCUGCUAA